AGAGUGAGCUCUCGAGCUCGUGGUGGCAGGAGAGGGGCUCGCGGGAUGCGGCUCGUUCCUUCGGCGCCUGUCGCCCCCAGCGUGCCACGCGGCGCCUACAGUUCCCAAGAUACAGCGCGGUCGGAACGCAUCUGCAGGCGGACUGCGAGUCCCAUGGUGCACCGCCACAGGAAGCGCAGGCGCGCCGCCGGCCUCCUCCCGGGCCCUGCCUGAGCAGGCCUGCCCGGCGAGCUGGGGCAUGCCUGGCCCCCGAGGACCCGCGGGGGGCGAUGGAUGCGGCGCUGGAGGAGGCUGCCGCCGCGGCAGAGGAUGCUGCGGAGACCACGGAGGCCGGGCCCGGGCCGCUGCCUCUCCUCCCGGGGACCCAGCUGAACUUGGACCUGUACCCCGGGGGCUGCCGCAGGCUGCUGCACCUCUGUGCCCAGCGCCCCCUGCCGCUGCGGCAGGUGGAGUUCUUGCGGCUGAGCACCCACGAGGACCCUGGGCUGCUGGAGGCCACCCUGGCCCAGGUGCCCUGGAGCCUGCUGCACCUCCGCUCCCUUGUCCUCAAAGGAGGGCAACACCGGGGACCCCUGGGUGCCUGUCUCCGAGGUGCCUUGACCACACUACCCACAGGUCUGAGUGGCCUGGCUCACCUGGCCCACCUGGACCUGAGCUUCAACAAGUUGGAGACCCUGCCAGCCUGUGUCCUGCAGCUGCACAGCCUGGGUGCCCUCCUGCUCUCUCACAACUGCCUCUCAGAGCUGCCGGAGGCUCUGGGGGCCCUGCCCACCCUCACUUUCCUCACGGUAACACACAACUGUCUGCAGAGGCUACCCACGGCGCUGGGUUCUCUCUCUAUGCUGCAGCGCCUAGAUCUCUCUGAGAACCUUCUAGACGCUGUGCCUCCUGAGAUUGGAGGACUGAGCAGCCUCCAGGAGCUCAAUCUGGCCUCCAAUCAACUGCGGAGCCUCCCAGCCUCCCUCGCUGGGCUCCGGUCCCUGCGGCUGCUUGUUCUGCACAGCAACCUUCUGACCUCAGUGCCUGCGGGUCUGGCCCACCUCCCCAUGCUCAUGCACCUCGACUUGAGGGACAACCAGCUCCGGGACCUGCCUCCCGAGCUUCUGGACGCCCCUUUUGUGCGCCUGCAGGGGAACCCUCUCGGUGAGACCUCUCCAGACUCCAGGACACCCCCAGGUACACCUCAGGAUCCAGAAAUGCCCCGACUGUUCCUGACCUCAGAUUUAGACAGCUUCCCGGUGACCCCCCACGGCUGCUCCGUCACCCUGGCCUGUGGUGUCCGCCUGCAGUUCCCGGCGGGGGCCAUCACCACCCCGGUCACCAUCCACUACCGACUGUGGCUGCCGGAGCCGGGCCUCGUCUCCCUGGGCCCCCACGACCUCCUGCUCAGCCGCGUCCUGGAGCUGCAGCCCCACGGGCUGGCUUUCCAGCAGGACGUGAGCCUGUGGCUGCUCUUUGUGCCCCCGCGCGCCCGGCGCUGCCGCGAGGUGGUGGUCAGGACCCGCAGUGACCGCGUCUGGAGUGACCUGGAGACCCACGUGGAGGAGGAGGCCCCGAAGCGGCUCUGGGCUCGCUGCCACGUGCCCCACUUCUCCUGGUUUCUUGUGGCUUUGCGUCCUGUGUCCAAUGCUUGCCUGGUGCCACCCGAGGGGACACUUCUGUGCUCCUCUGGUCACCCUGGGGUCAAGGUCACCUUCCCCCCCGGGGCCACCGAGGAGCCUCGUCACGUCUCCAUGCAGGUGGUGCACAUGGCUGGCCGGGAGCUGCGAGCCCUCCUGGGGGAGCCGGAAGCUGCGGUGAGCCCUUUGCUGUGCCUGUCCCAGAGUGGGCCCCCCGUCUUCCUCCAGCCCGUCACUGUGCAGCUGCCUCUGCCCCCUGGCGUCACAGGCUUCAGUGUGGAUCGCUCCCGCCUGCACCUGCUGCACCGGGCCCCUCCCACAGCCACCUGGGAUGACAUCACAGCUCAGGUGGCCCUGGAGCUCACCCACCUGUACGCACGCUUCCAGGUCACGCACUUCUCCUGGUACUGGCUGUGGUACACCACCAAGUCUUGUGUGGAGGGCCUGGCUCGGAAGGCCUGGGAGCGGCUGCGGCUGCACCGAGUGAACCUCAUCGCGCUGCAGAGACGCCGGGACCCCGAGCAAGUCCUGCUGCAGUGUCUGCCCCGGAACAAGGUGGACGCCACCCUGAGACGGCUCCUGGAGCGCUACCGGGGCCCCGAGCCCUCCGAUACCGUGGAGAUGUUUGAGGGAGAGAAAUUCUUCGCCGCCUUUGAGCGUGGCAUUGAUGUGGACGCGGACCGCCCAGACUGUGUGGAUGGCAGGAUCUGCUUCGUCUUCUACUCACACCUGAAGAACGUGAAGGAGGUGUAUGUCAGCACCACCCUGGACCGGGAGGCCCAGGCUGUGCGCGGCCAGGUGUCUUUCUACCGUGGCUCAGUGCCUGCAGAGGUGCCCCCGGAAGCUGCGGCUGCCCGGCAGAAGAAGGGCAUAGAUGCCCUGUGGAUCGCCACCUUGCCCAUCAAGCUGCCGCAGAGACUCCGCGGGGCUGGGGAGCACAGGCGGGGAGCCGGCCUCUCCCUGGCGCCUUUGAACCUGGGCAACGCGGAGACCGGCUUCCUGACUCAGAGCAACCUGCUGAGCGUGGCCGGGCGCCUGGGUCCCGACUGGCCGACGGUGGCCCUGCACCUGGGCCUGCCCUACCGCGCCCUGCAGCGCAUCCGACACGAGUUCCGGGAUGAUCUGGAUGGGCAGAUCCGCCACAUGCUCUUCUCCUGGGCUGAGCGCCAAGCGGGACAGCCAGGGGCCGUGGAGCUUCUGGUGAAGGCCCUAGAGCAAAGUGACCGGCAGGAUGUGGCUGAGGAGGUUCGUGCCGUCCUGGAGCUUGGCCGCCACAAGUAUCAGGACAGCAUCCGGCGCACGGGCCUGGCCCCCGAGGACCCUGCGGGCGCCUCCACUCUGCAGCCCUCCCAGCCUGUCCAGGCCUAGCACGGCAGCCCUGGGCCCUGACCCGCGCCCCUACCUCAUGCCUCUGCUCUGCGCGGAGGCAGAGCCCUGUGUGCACAAACCAACAUUGCUCUGUCUGCCAGCUCGGAGUUUGGCUU